AGAGAGAGCAGGUGUCAAUGCAAAAGACGACUACCACUAACAUACACUUGCACAGAGAGAGAGAGAGGAGGACUGAGGAGUGAAGUUGAAGUCUCCAUACAUACGCCUGCUUUUAUCAAGAGACAGCGAACUCUCAUCUUUUUCUUUCUCCAUCUCAUUUAGUAAUCAAUCUCUCUCUCUCUCUCCUCUUCCUCUUAACAAUGCCUCUCUAGUUCUCUCUCUCAUCUUCUUCACUACUACUAAUAACUACUGACUGAGCUAGCUAGUUUCACCUUCACCUUCACCUUCACCUUCAUCUUCACCUAAUCGUCCAUCAAUGGAGUUCGAUCUCGAAAACCCACUACCAGCUCUCCAAGACCUCCAAUUCCUCCCUUCUCUUUUCCACAUCGAGUCCGAUCACAUGCCUUUGUACGCCUACUCUCACAAUCUGCAACAAACUGAUUUUGACAUCACUGUUCGUGGUGAAACCAUCUCUUUAAUCUCACUUUUCUCACACAACUUUGAUCCCUUCCUCUCUUACCUCGCCAUCAAUUACCUCGAUCGAUUCCUUUCCACCCAACACAUACCAGAAGGAAAACCCUGGUUUUUGAGGCUUCUUGCAGUUUCUUGCGUUUCUUUAGCAUUGAAAAUGAGGAAAGCAGAGUACUCUGUCACCGAUAUUCAGGAAGACGGUGGUUUCAUCUUUGAUAAGCAAACUAUUCAGCGAAUGGAUUUUCUAAUCUUGGGAGCUCUGAAAUGGCGAAUGCGUUCAAUAACUCCAUUCUCUUUCAUCAAUUUCUUCAUUUCAAUGUUCAAAUUCAAAGACCUACCGUCUAGACAAGCUCUCAAAUCCAGAGCCACGGAAAUCAUCUUCAAAGCUCAAAAUGAAAUCACUCUAUUACAGUUCAAGCCUUCGAUAAUUGCGGCAUCGGCUCUUAUAUCUGCCUCUCAUGAAUUGUUUCCUUUACAAUUUCCAUGCUUUAGAAAAGCAAUUUCAGACUCUGCAUUUGUAAAAAAGGAUAAGUUGUUUAGCUGUUGCAAUGUGAUACAAGGAAUUGUUAUGGAUGGCUAUGAAUCAGUGCUUGAUAUGGCAUCAAGCUCGAGCACGCCGGUGUAUAUUCUUGACCGGCAAUGCUCGAGCUCGGAAAGUGAAAAGACGGCCACAACAAUUGAGCUAGAGAGAGAUGAAGCAGCCAAGGAUUAUCUGUUUUGGGAGCGAUGAUAGGUACGUUUCUGCUCUAGCAGAUUCAGAAGUGAAUCAAUGAACUUGAGUGGAGUCUCAGUCAUCACUAAUGGAGGGUGAUUAUACAGACAGAGAGAGAACACAGCUUCAUUAUAUGUGAUUUAUCUCAUAGACCACCAAUUGAUGUUCAAUUGGUCACUUUACUCUCACCCAUUCAAAACAAAGGCAGCAAUGAUAAAAAAAAAGAGAAAAAUUUCUUUCGUUUUCUAAGGAGCCAAACAAGGAAACACAUAAUUUUGAAAUGUAGGAUUGAACUUGUAUUCCCGUUUC